AUGUCUGAAAAAAUAGACCUUAACUCAAGUAUCACUAAAGGUGGUGGAAGGCUUGAGGCUGGCGCACAUGAAGUACACCUUGAUGCUAUUGCUUCUAAUACCUUCUCACUUGGUGGAAUUGCCGAUAACCUCACUACAGAGCAAAAGUUUUACGUUCUCAAGAGAUUGGACUUUGAUAAUCUCGAGUCGUUGGAGGACUUGCCUCCUUCAGCCGUUUUUAUGUUGGAAAGAGUUCAAGAACUAGACAUAAAUGAGGCGGAGGCAAUCCUUAUUCAUUUCUUGAAGGAACACGAUGGCGAUGUCAAUAUUCCCAUCGAAACCUAUGACUUCGUGGAACGUCUCGUUAAGCAUAAGCAAUCAGAGAAUCUGCAUGGAAUUGUGAACUUACACGUCAACACCUCAGAUAGCAAAACUGAAAAGGGUCAAGCUGACAUCGAUGCUACAAGAUCUUUUGAGACAGAGGAUGCAGAGGGUAGCCUCGAUUUAGAUUUGAAAGUGAGAACAGAGGCUGCAAUCUUUGCUUACUGGUCACCAUACCCAGAGGUCAGGGCAGUCACAGAUCCAUUUGAUGACCCUGAUAUACCUUGUGAAACAUUUAGAGUUUACGUCAUUGGUAUUAUUUGGGUGGUUCUCGGAACAAUUAUUGGUGAAUUCUUCACUGAGAGGCAACCAAGUAUCUCGUUGGGCUCCGCCGCAGUGCAGCUUUUUGUUUAUCCAUCUGGCAAGCUACUUGAAUAUGUGCUCCCUAAGAAGACAAUCAACAUAUGGAGAUGGAAGAUUGAUCUUAAUCCGGGUCCUUGGAGCCACAAAGAACAAAUGCUUGCAACUUUGUGCUACAGUGUGAGUGGUGGAGCAGUUUAUGCUACAUACUUUAUUAAUCUCCAAAAGUUGGAUAUUUUUUACAACAAUUUGAAGUUUACCAUAGGAGCGCAAUUCCUUAUCGUCCUUGCAUCGAACUUCAUGGGCUUUGGUCUUGCUGGGAUCUUUCGCAAGUUCGUGGUUUAUCCAGUUUUUUCGAUAUGGCCAACAAUCCUUCCAACGCUCGCUGUGAAUAGGUCUUUAGUGCAGCCUGAAAAAAGGGAAAAUAUACACGGAUGGAGAAUUUCGAGGUAUGCAUUUUUCUUGACUGUCUUUGCCGCUUCAUUCAUAUACUUCUGGAUACCAGACUACUUGUUCACUGCACUUUCUACAUUUAAUUGGAUUUCAUGGGCGGCUCCUAAAAGUCUUAAUGUUGCAACAUUAACUGGGUCGCAAACAGGCUUGGGCCUCAAUCCCAUCACAACCUUUGAUUGGAACAACAUUCUAGGCUCUCCAUUAGCCUUGCCAUUCUUCACUCAAGUGAACAACUAUAUUGGGAUGCUUAUUGGUUUUUUCGCAAUAGUUGGUCUUUGGUGGACGAACUAUAAGUGGACUGCUUACUUGCCCAUCAACUCCAAUAGCAUUUUCACAAACACUGGGAAACGCUACUCUGUAACGUCUGUCUUGAACAGUGAAGGAAAGCUUGACCAGGACAAAUACGAAAGAGUGGGACCUCCAUUCUAUUCUGCUGCAAACUUAGUCGCAUACGGCGCUUUUUUUGCAGUGUAUCCCAUGAACUUUUUCUAUGUUGUAUUUUCCCAUUGGAGGCAACUUAAGUUCGCCCUUGUGGGCAUUGGCAAAUCCUUCAAUUUUAAGGUCAAACGAUCAACAUACGAAGGUUUCGAUGAUCCUUUCUCCGUCUCGAUGAAAAAAUAUCCCGAAGUACCUGAGUGGUGGUUCGUUAUCAUUUUGCUUAUUAGUCUUGUAUUCUCCAUCGUCAAUGUUGAAGUAUACGAUUUGCAAACCCCCGUGUGGACCAUCUUCUUUGCACUCGCGUUGAACUUGGUAUUCUUGUUGCCAUUUUGCAUUGUUUACGCAGCAACAGGGACUUCUAUGUCAAUUAAUGUGCUUUUGGAGAUGAUUAUUGGCUAUGCGCUUCCAGGCAAUGGCACAGCUUUGAAUUUCGUGAAGACUCUAGGGACGAACAUUGAUAGCCAAGCGGAGAAUUAUAUCACAAAUCAGAAACAAGCACAUUACUGGAGAAUCCCCCCAAGAUCGCUUUUCAGAGUCCAAAUGGUUUCUGUCUUGAUUAACAGUCUUCUUGCGGUUGGAAUCUUAAAUCUUGCGAUCAGCUCUAUUUCAGACUAUUGUCAUCCCCGCCAACCACAAAAGUUCACUUGCCCUGGAACCACAACAUUCUACUCCGCCUCGGUAAUCUGGGGAGUCAUUGGACCGAAGAAGAUUUUUGGAGGUCUUUAUCCUGUGAUGCAAUACACCUUCUUGAUUGGAUUUCUUGUCACAAUUCCAUGUUGGGCCUUGAAGAGGUACUAUGGAAAAACUGUCAUUGGAAAGUACUUGCAUCCUGUUGUGAUCACUCUGGGGAUGAUAGGCUACGCUCCUUACAAUUUGAGUUACUACACUCCUGCCCUAUAA